AUGGCGACUACCGUCCUCGCCCCGGCACGAGCAACGGCGGCAAUCUUUGAUGCCGAUGACUCAAACAAUAUUCCGCUGGUACAUUGGCCAUCGAAAAAUUCUCGACCUGAUUCAAGGCCCCAAAGCCUUCUCCAUCCUGGACAGGACCUUGGUAGUGGUCUUUAUGAGGCCCAGGAUGUCGGCUUGUCUCGGGUCCGGGCGAUUACUCUUAUUGCUACCCUUACUGGGAUCACGUUCGUGGGCAGUAUGAGUGGUGGCUUAUUGACUAUUGGUCUUCCUUGGAUCGCAGCAGAUCUGCAACUUCCAGAUAAUCUUUUGCUAUGCCUUGCGAAUGGAUGCUGCCUACUUCUGGCUGGAUCGAUGGCAGAUUUUAUGGGUAACAGAAUUAUCAACUUGAUUGGCUGUACACUAUUGUGUGCCUUCAUUCUGGCUUGCAGUGUGGCUCAGAGUGGUCUUCAGCUUAUCCUGUUUCGGGCGUUCCAAGGUAUAGCGACAUCGAUGUGCCUUCCAACGGCUUUCAGUAUUCUAACGGAUACGAUGCCUGCCGGAAAGCGGAGAAACAUUGGGUUCGCUUGCUUAGGACUUGGCCAGCCGUUCGGAUUCUCCGUCGGUCUGGUAUUUGGUGGUCUAUUCCAAGGAUCGUCGCUUGGCUGGAGAUUCGGCUACUAUCUUUGCACUGGAGUUACAGCCAUCCUCACAGUGGUCAACUUUUUCAAGUUGCCUAAGGACAAGCCACGCGAACCUUUCACCUUUCAGCGCCUAAGUGUCAUCACCGAUAAUCCUUCCAACAUACACCGCCCCGAGAACAUUGCCUUGUUAUGCGCCGCCUCUGCAAUGAUACCUGCUUUCUUAGCUUGGAUGAGCUGGCGAGAGAAGAAUGAUAAAUCAGCUUUGAUUCCAAACUCUCUAUGGAAGAAUACCGCCUUCGCGUCAAUUUGUGUGAUGGUUCUUCUUUCAUGGGCUGUCCUGAAUGGCACUGAAACUAUUCUGAGUCUCUUCUUCCAAGAGGUUCAAGAACUAUCUGCCAUCCAGGCGGCUAUUCGGUUCCUACCGAACGUCCUUAUUGGGAUUGUCCUGAACCUUGCUACUGGGCUGCUAGUCCAUCGCCUGCACGCCAACUAUCUAGUUCUCGUCACAACAGUUCUCAGUGCUGGGUCCCCGUUGCUUUUGGCGAUUAUUGAUCCACAGUGGUCAUGGUGGUACUGUGCCUUCUGGGCUGUUCUCCUUGGACCUCUUUCGGCAGAUGUUAUUUUCACCGUCGCCAACUUGAUUAUCGCUGAUUCAUUCAGUCCAAAAACCCAGGGUCUCGCUGGUGCCGUAUUCAACACCAUCGCACAAUUCGGCACGUCCAUCGGACUGACGACUUUUGCUAUUAUCUCGGCUAGCGUAACACAGGAUUCAUCUUAUAUCAACAAGAGCUCGCCUGAAGCUCUGAUGACCGGAUACCGGGCUGUAUUCUGGACAUGUUUUGCAUUGAUGAUGGCUGCGUCUGGUAUCGGUGCUUGGGGCCUGCGCAAGGUGGGGAAGGUUGGGCUAAAAAGGGAGUAA